UAUCUCCGCGUUGAAGGUGGCGGAUAGUUGCCAUAUUAGAUGAAUUGCGUGUCGUGCAGCUUCUCGGGCAGACGCUGAAAAGAUUCGACACCGUAACGAGGUCACAAUCUCGCCUAAUUUCGGGGUUUAUUCAGCUGGCAGUUUGGAACUUGUAACAGUCCGUAAUUUGGAGGACAGUUCUUUGAAGUGUCGAGCUCAAGUGAGUUGCUUCUUUGAAUCGAGGAUUCGAAAUCAGUGAGCCAGUGGUUUCGGCUUCGAAUGGUCAUGUGUGACGAAAAGGAUAAGGAUUUGCAGGAGCAGAGGUGUUUGGAGCCCAAGAACUGGACUCCCAAAGGUGGUCGGAAGAGAAGAACUUUUGGAUCUGCUGUUGAUGAAGGUGUGUCACAGUUACUGAGGAGGAUUAGUAUUCUUAAUUGGAUCAAGGUUUACGACAAGGAAGAUCUGAUAUCGGACUUUAUUGCGGGAAUUACGCUUGGAUUGACUAUCAUCCCGCAGAGUAUUGCGUACGCGGCACUGGCAGGACUUCCGUCGCAGUAUGGGUUGUAUUCGGCGUUUGCGGGUUCCCUGGUGUACGUCAUCUUCGGCACCGUCAAGGAGGUCUCCGUGGGUCCCACCAGCUUGAUGGCCCUGCUGGCGGUCCAGUACACCGUGGACAAACCGAUCGACUACAUGAUAAUGCUAGCCUUCCUGGCCGGCGUCGUCGAGCUGCUGAUGGGUAUCUUCAAGCUGGGCUUCCUCGUCAGCUUCAUUCCGAUUCCGGUGACAUCCGCGUUCACGUCGGCAACCUCGAUCAUCAUCAUUGGGACUCAGCUGAAGCACCUGUUUGGGAUUCCGUCGAACGCUCGGGGGUUCUUCCAGACGGUUUACAGCUUGAGUGCUAAAAUAACGCAAUUUAGUGCUGGGGAUUUGGUGUUGGGCGGGAUUGCGAUCUGCUUUUUGUUGGCACUGCGUCAGAUUACGAAGAUUCCGGUUAAGGAGGACACCGCUGGAGGACGGUUCUUGAAGAAGUUCCUUUGGUAUGUUAGUUUGUCCCGGAAUGCGUUGAUCGUGCUGAUAACUUCGACGGUUGCCUACCGGUGGAGCAACUCUGGCGAGGAUGAGGUGCCGUUUAAGCUGUCCGGACAUGUGAAGGCCGGAAUUCCUGGAUUUGAGCUGCCAAUUCAUAACGUCCACGUUGGGAAUGAAACCAUUCCGUAUUUCGAGGUCGUCAAGGAUUUGGGAAGCAGUUUGAUUUUGGUCCCACUGGUGGCAAUUUUGGCAAACGUCUCCAUCGCUAAGGCGUUUACCGCCGGCAAGAUCGUGGACGCGUCGCAGGAAAUGAUCGCCCUGGGGCUGUGCAACAUCUUCGGGUCGUGUUUCAGUGCGAUGCCCACGUGUGGUGCGUUCACGCGGUCGGCCGUUAGUCACUCCAGCGGGGUGAGGACGCCACUGGCCGGGAUGUAUUCGGCCAUAAUGACGCUGCUGGCGCUGAGUCUGCUGACGCCGUAUUUUUACUUUAUCCCCAAAACCACACUGGCUGCGGUUCUCAUUGUGUCGGUGGCAUUCAUGAUCGACUUCAGCAUCGUGGACACCCUGCGGAAAGCGUCCAAGAUGGACACCCUGGCGUGGUUCUGCUGCUUCAGCGUUAGUCUCUUCGCCGGCGUUGAGGUUGGUCUGCUGUUUGGAAUCUUCAUCAGCGUGGUGGGUCUGCUCAGGACCUGGGUCCGGCCGGAAAUCGCCCAGAACUCGAUGGAACGAGCCGGAACGCGGUACGUGAAGCUGAGCCCAGAAACGGGUCUGUUCUUCCCGGCGGUGGACUUUUUGCGCACCAAGGUGAUCCAGGUGGCCACCGAGCAGCAGGUUCCGGUCGUGGUUGACUGUUCGACCGUGAUUGGGCUGGACCACACGUCUGCGAAGGGACUUAAGAUGCUGGCCGAUGAGUUGGGCAAGAUUAAGCAGCAGUUGGUGCUGUUGAACUUGAAGCCCGGGCUGCGGAAGUUGUUGGUGGAUGGAGCAAAGACGGCGGACAGUACGAUUACGUUUUGGGAGGAUGAAGCUGCGGCGUCGGUGGUGGCACCGGCUGGAACGGUACAAAUGAUAGCUUAAGGAAAUCAGUGUGAUUAAUUGUGUAAGGAAAAUGAGAUGUUCCAGUAUUAUAUGCAUCAUUAAAUGUGUACUAAAUAAACAUGGUAAAUGUUCGAUGUUUAGAA